AUGAAAAAAUGGGAUGAUGACGCAAGGUUAAAGAGUUAUGUAAAUAAAAUUCUAAAUGUGAAAUCAACAUUAACUAACAACUAAAAAACUACUUCAAAAAGUAAAUGAUACUAUUUAUUUUGAAAUUAGAAAGAAUUAAUAGAGAUACUGAGUAUAGUAGCAAUGCAACAAAUCGUUCAAAUUUAACAGACUUUAAAGACAGCAUUCUUUAUAAGUAAUUUGAAUGUAUUAUAAAUAGAUAAUUAAUGGAAUAUAGUUUAUAAUAAUAUACAAAUAAAUUAUUGUUAAGAGGAUAUAAGAAUGGUCUGUAAUAAUUAGCAUAACAAUCUUAAGAAAUCUAGAAUUUAGUAUUAUAAGAAAUAAAGUUAUUACCUGGUCAUAGAUAAAAAUUUUUAGAUUUAUUCAAACAUUUAAAUGACAAUUUAGGAUCUAACAACGACAAUAAUAAUUAGCAAAUAAAUCAUAAUAAUUUUGCCUAAAAUAGAAAUACUUUACCUGGUUAAUUAAAUUCACAUGGAUAAUUUGAAUAAACUAAAGAAGUAUACAUGGAAAUAUUAAAACCAAUAAAUAGAAGAGCUUCAAUGAAAAAUUUUUCACCUUAACAAGAAUAUACCUAAAUUAAACCUAGAGUAUUACCUAAAUUGGAAUAAGUUUCAAGUAAGGGAAAAAAAGAAAGGAAUACUUAAAUUGAAGAAGUAACUUCUAAAUAAGUUGAUUAAUAAAUAAUAAAUCUUCAAAGUACAUAAAUGUCUAACACAAAAGAGAUUGAUAUAAAACCACUAAACAAAACUACUAAAAAUUCUCUAUCAAAAUCAAAUUAAACAAAGAAAAUAUUGUAGGUUUAAAAAUAACACUAAGAUAAUAAACCUAUUAAAUUUAUUAAUAAAUUAUUAUUGAUAAAUGGAAAAAACAAUAAUGAAAUUAAUUUAGAAAGAGAAUAAAUAAAUUUAAUGUAUUAAUCUUUUGACAAUGGAAGAUUAGCAUCAACAUUAAUUAACAUUGAUAUUGAAGAAAUAAGUUAUUGUGUUGGGAUUUCAAUUAAAAAUAUGAUGGUUAUAGCUGACUUAGAUAUAAUAAAUAAUUUUAAUUCAAAUGCAUUAUUAUAGACAGAUGAUAAAUAAUCUUGUUAAUCAGAUAGUAUUAAAAAAAAUAAUAUUAGAUUAAAAUAUUAUAAAUGAUGAAAAUGAUCAAUUCUUUGAAGAUUAGACUUUUCCAUUAUAGUAAGAUGAUAAUAAUGAAAAAUAAUCAUCUUAAUAAGAAAAUUUAGAUUAAUAUCAAGAUGAAGAGUUAAAAGAAAAUUAUAUUGAAAAUUUAGAAAAUGAUGAUGAACAAAACAGCAAUACUGAAUUAAAUUAUUAGAAUGAAUAAUUCUAACAAGAAGAAGAAAAUAAGUUAUUAUUUUAUUCUAUAUUUUAAGUUAAUAAUUACCUAAAUCAUAAUUUUCAGUUGAUACAACUUUAAAUUUAUAAGAAUCAAUAUUGUUUUAUAAAGUAUUUAGUGAUAUGGAAAUGUAAAAUUAUAUACCAAAUGUGGAUAUAAUACAAAAUUAUUGUAAAAAUAUAAUGAUAACAACUAAAAUGGAAAGGGAAGUAGCAAUUAUAUCAAUGAUCUAUAUAAAUAGAUUAUUAGAUUAUAAUAAAGGUUUAGAAAUAAAUUGUUUAAAUUGGCAGAAAAUAUUAUUUACAUCUUUAGUAAUGGCUUCUAAAAUAUGGGAUGAUGAAUCAUUUGAAAAUAAUAAUUUUGCAAAGGUUCUACCAUAGUUUUCAACUGUUUAAAUUAAUGAGAUGGAGAAAGUAUUUUUAAAAUUAAUUGAAUAUCAUUUAUAUGUAAAUUCAGGAGAUUAUGCUAAAUAAUAUUUUUUAUUGAGGACUUAUGCAGAUAAAAAAUAAAGAAGUUAUGCUGUAAAAUAAUUAGAUAUUGCAACUGUUCUUAGAUUAUAAAGAGGUGGUUAAUAAUUGAUAACCAAACAAUAAUUUAUAAAUACUUAAAAUAAAAGUUUUUGA